UUCUGUCAGAAAAUUGUUGCCAAAGAAGAUUCAAAAACAACACAAGAAAUGCACUGUUGGGACACACCCCGUCCAAGAAGAAACAUCACUUUAGCCCAGAUGUUUAGAUUUAAGAGUCCAACAGAUAAUUCACCUGAAAGCCAGGUUAUGUGUAGUGGUCUCACCGCCAUGGGGACAGACUGGACCCACAGGGACAAAGAAGCAAAACAGCACAUCCUAGCCCAGGCUCCCCUGAGGGAUUCUCUUCUGGAUGCAGUAGAAAACCAAGGAGCUGCCAUGUGGCCGGGAGGUGGGGUCCGAGUAGUGGUGCAAAGAGUGUACUCUCUUCCCUUCACGUGUCAGCAGGGAAGUGGCUCAGCUCCUUCCCUCGGCUCGGACCCACCUAGAGUUCGGUGAGUGA